UGGUAAGGGGAAACUAUCGUUAUAAAGUGUGCUUAACGGCUGAAUGUCUGAAAAAUACAAAGUAUGAAAUAUCCAGUUGUGAUCGUGAGUGAAAAUCGCAUUUGUGUGACGAGUGAUGUUUGUGACUGCCACGCGCUUAUCACUUCACCAAACUGACCCAAACCCCACCAACCUAGCACACAAUGCCUCAAAGACCAGCGCCUCCUCCCCCCAAGAAGCCAAACUCCAUCCUCAAAGUAGUGAAAGCAAUCUACCCGUACAAAGCGACACAAGCUGACGAGGUGUCAUUUAACGAGGGUGACCAGCUGUACAUUUUAGAAGAACCAGAAGCAGGGUGGUACAAGGCUAGAAUUGGGCACCCCGAGAGAGGGAAAACAGGUCUGAUCCCCUCUAACUACGUGGAGGAGAACACGGAGACAGUAGAGAACCCCCUACAUGAGGCUGCUAAGAGGGGUAACAUGGAGCUUCUUACUGACUGUCUGGCUAACAAGUUGUCACCUAACGGACUUGACUACGCAGGAUGCACCCCUCUGCAUUGGGCCUCUGCUGGGGGGUACUUGGAGUGCGUGAAGGUGCUCCUCAGACAGAUGAACAUACUGCUCGAUGUUCAGAAUAAAAUGGGGGACACUCCCCUGCACCAAGCUGCUUGGAAGAGUCAGGCAGCAUCAGUGGAACUGUUACUGGAAGCUGGAGCUAAGACUGAUAUCAAGAACAAUGAGGGGAAAACACCUUUCAGUCUUGCGAGGGACGCCGAGACGAAGGCUCUUCUCAGAGACUUGAAGAAAUUGAACAGCAAGCAUGUGCUCAAUGCUUCCGAUUAUAUUGACGAUGAUGCUGCAGAGGAUUCAGACUAGACAGCACAGUUAUCAUCGUUAUUCAAAUCAUGAACGUUUUACACAUGAUCACCACUAGUUCUCCAGUAGACAACAGUUCCUCUACAGGUUUUUGAUAGAAUGAGAAAAAGUUUUACGUAAGAAGUUUAUUUGUUUUUGUACGUUGACGAUUCGAUUGGGUGAAAUGUAAUUUUCAUGCCAAAAAUAAGUUUUGGCUUGAUCACUGUUCUAUCAUUGUUUGAUUAUUGAUGAAGUCAGUUUUUAGUGUCUCUAAUAGCAUGUAUACGUGUUUUUAUCACAUUAAUUAUAUCUUAAUUCAAAUUUUCACUUAACGUAAUUAUUGUUAUCAACUAUCGUUCAGAAACACGAUUUUCAGAGUUCAGACGUUUUUCGAAUCACUCCUUGUUUUUUUGUCGAGGACUCUCAACAUAAUUCUAAUUCUGUUCGUUUUCUAAUUUUCAGAAAUAUUACCCAAUAAUAUCACACAAUUUUUAAAUUGUUAUUUUGUAAACUUA